UAAUUGCUUGUGAGAAAGUUUACAAAAAUAAAAAAAAUAAAAAGAAGAAAAAAAAAGCCCACUCUUGUUUCUUCCUCCUUUGCAUGGUGUUUGUGGGUUGUCACUUGUAUGCAGUCUGUCAACUGUGCUGUGAAGCGUUUCUUCACUCCCUUAAUGCGCAUUGUUAUACUAUGAGCCACUCUUUUUUUCUUUCUUUUUUUUUCUUCACAUAUGCAAACUUUGUACAGCGUAUUUUCUUUAGACAGAAGUUGAAACUCCAUACAGCAGCAGCUAAGCUCUAGACAGUCAGGAUGGCUGCAUCCCGGAUCAUGGAGACGAUUCCCGAUGGAGAUGGCGAUGAUGACCUGUUUGAGCUGGUAGCUGUUGGGAGAUCAUGCAGAGCAGUGAGAUUUGAUGUGACACAUGAGGAUCAUGAAGACCUAGAGGCACAGCAUUCCCAUGAGCCCAGACACAGAAAUUCCCUGCAGAGGAAUAGCUGGUCCUCUUCAACGCAGAGGGUCCUGUCCUCCAUGCCUAGUCGCUCUAUCAGAUGGAAUCAGACAGCUGCAGUCUCCCAGUACCAGAGUCGAUCCACCAAAACGCGAAGACGACGACCCCCUAACACUCCCUGCACUGCAAACCAGGAAGUCUUUAGAGAGGCCCAGAACUGCACUGUUGAUGGGACCCAAAAGGAGGAGCUGCUGAAUAAACUACAAGAUUUGUCUGCUGGUGAAUGUGUACGUCUGUUGCGUGAAAUGCCUCUUAGUUUCUCUGAGAAGCAUGAGAUCAGAUCUUUGAUCUUCUGUUUAAAGGCUGAAGAGCCUAUUUCUGCAAACAGAGCCCUCUGCUGCCAUCAGUUUAAAGCUUGUUUCCUGAAGGUUUUGUGUGGUGGCUGGUUAGGAUUCCAACUCUGGCAGAAAGUGCUUAAAAACAUCAGUGCUCGCUUUGGCACCGGGGUCCUGUCCUAUUUCAUCUUCCUCAGAAGAAUGUUGCACUACAACAUCCUCCUCUUCCUUAUCAACGGCAUUUUCCUGCUCCUACCACAAAUCUCAAAACCACCUCCACCUUCAGAAGAUAACGACACUGACCUCUGGAUAGUUACUGGCACAGGAAUUCUCACAGACUCUGUGAUGUUUUAUGGCCACUAUACCAACCACACAAGUGGGAAUUAUAAUAUACCCCUAGCAUAUAUCUUUUCGAUUGGAACUGGCAUGUUUGUCACAUGUGUAAUGCUUGUUUACAGCAUAUCUAAAUCAUUCGGAAAGAGUUUCUGCACAUUCAAGACUACUGGUAACAUAGCUUUGAAGGUUUUCUGCUCUUGGGAUUUUAAAGUCUGCAGGAAAAGGUCUGUUAAACUGCAGUCAGUGAACAUCUGCACUCAGCUGAAGGAGAUGCUGUCAGAGCUCAGCUGCAGAAAACAGAAGAGGAACUUGUGUUCAACAUUGGGCUGGUUGAGUGUACACUUACUAGUAUGGUCCAUUUGCCUACUUUCCAUUGCUGCCUGCAUGAUAGCUGUUUACUACAUUCACCCUAAAAUUAAGCCUGGUGAACAUAAGAACAAUGUCGAGUUGCUGACUCUGCCUUUGGUCGUGUCUUGUAUCAGUCAUCUUCUGCCUGGUUUCUUCGACAUGUUAUCCAGGGGAGAAUAUUAUGACUCCCCAAGCGUUCACAUUUACGUGUCCAUUGCAAGGAACCUGUUGUUGAAGGGUUGCAUUUUUAGUGUAUUGUGUUACUAUUGGCUCACGAAAAUCAGUUACAGCCAGGAAGGCCAAAAUAAACAGUGCUGGGAGACACUUGUUGGACAAGAGCUUUAUCGUUUGGUUUUAAUGGAUCUAAUAGUUUCGUUGCUGUACAUCAUCUUUGCAGAGUUUCUGUGGGGGCUCUGUAUCGGAAACAUCACAUUUCGAAGAAGGAAACUAGAGUUUGACAUUGCACGAGAUGUUCUGGAGCUCAUCUAUGGUCAAACGCUUGUGUGGUUUGGUGUGCUGUUUUCACCACUGUUGCCUGCAGUGCAAAUUGGGAAACUGUUUCUCUUGUUCUACUUCAAAAAGACAAGUUUGAUGAAGAACUUCCAAGCACCCAGGAAACACUGGAGGGCCACACAGAUGAGCCUUCUCUUUAUCGGCCUCCUGUUUUUCCCCUCCUUCAUUGGGGCCCUUACAUGUGUUGUAUAUACAAUGUGGAGGGUCAAGCCCUCAUCACAUUGUGGGCCCUUCAGGAACAGGAACAUGCUCGAAUUAGGCAAGAAAUGGAUCAUCAAUCUGGAGAACUCAAACCCAAGUAUGCAGUGGCUCAGCUGGGCUUAUGUUCACUUGGUGGACAACCCUUUGUUCCUCUUCAUUAUUGCAGGCUUGUUCCUAACCAUCAUAUACAUUCACAUGCAAGUUUUGGAUGGCCAAAAGAUGAUAAUUGAAAAGUUACAAGAACAGAUAGAUCAUGAGGGUGAAGAUAAGAAGUUCCUCAUAGCUAAAAUACAGACCCUCAAUGAGGAGAGUGCUCAGCUGUGAGCUUUGAACAUCGUCUUGUGGUUGAAUUCCUUCUUAUGAACAAAGGCCGAGUGUUUCCAUGACCGUACCAAUUUGUUGAUUACUUGUAUUAACCAGGAAGGCUGGAUUCUACAGAAAAUGACUUUGGAAGAAUAAUUGUGGUAACCCUCCACAAAAACAUAAAACCUGAAAAACUGGUGCAUCUUAUGCAGAAGAAGGAAAUCAGAUUACCACUCUAUUCUGGAGUCAAAUUACACUGAUAUUUAGUAGUGCCACUGUCAUUAUGAAAUGCUCUUUCAUAUUCUGAAAUGCACAAGGUUCAUUUUUGCUUAUGGAAAUGUUUGUUCUUCAUGCCACUGCAAGGGCAUCUAUAUUUUUGUGUGGCUGAGAAUGUGGUCUAAUGAUCAUUUUUAAUAUUUAGAGAACUGUUUCAAAGAGCAACAGGCUAUAAGGUUAUUUAUUUGUUUCUUGCGACAUGUUGAUGAGACUUUAGUUUAUCUGUCUGCUGUCUUUUGGAGGUUUAAGAUCUAUCAAUAAUGGUAGCAUAUCUGUAAAUGACAAUUAUUUGUAAAUAAUUACUGAUUUUCUUUAACUACUAUUCUUGUUUAUAACACAACUGGAACUCCAAAAUACCUGUGUCAAAUGUGGCAUUCCAUGAUAAAGUAUUUUUGUUUAUUUUUCUAAUUUUUCUAUACACACAUUUUGUGUAACUUUUGUGUAAUUUAAAGAUUCCAUGGAUAUUAAAGGUUCUUCAUGGAACCAUCAAUGCCAUUAAAUAACCUUUAUUUUUAAGA